UUUAAACUCUUUUUUCUGGAAACAUUUAGAAAUCUAUUCUUUAACCUGACAUAUUUCUUGAGGGAAUAAAGCUCCGAGAUAUAUAAAAGGAUGUUCUUUACUGAAUGGAACAGCUUGCCAUAACGGCAACGUCCGAGUGCUGCCAAUUUAUCAUAACAAGCCUACCACCAUGUGGUCGUUCUUUACCCUCGCGUUGUAUUGCAUGAUAGGGUGGUCGAAUUCUCAAAGGUGUCCAAUGUACUACCAGAGAUUUUCGGCUCAGCACUCAUACUGUCUUGCCCCAAACCCCACUUGCAAUAUUGUGAAAUCCGGUGUUGGCCAACAAGAAAGAGAAGACAUUUUAAGGCUCCACAACGAGUUCAGAAGCAAAGUUGCGAUGGGAAAUGAACACAGGUCUAUAGGAGGCAGUCUCCCUGAAGUAGCUGACAUGAUGCAAUUAGAGUGGGACGAUGAACUCGCUGCUGUUGCACAGAAAUGGACAGAUAAUUGCGAGUACAAACACGAUUGUAAUGAAUGCCGAGCAGUUGAAAAUUUUCCUGUGGGACAAAAUCUUGCUUUCCAAGAAUCUACUUGUAUGGGACGUAUCUGCAGAGAAGAUCAAAAAGUCAUUCCUAACUGGUCAUGGGCGAUAACUGCCUUCUAUGACGAGGUGAAAGACUACCAUAAAGAUUGGCUGUGGAGUUUUGUGGAACACAAAGGCCCCAAAACUGGUCAUUUGACGCAGUUGAUAUGGGCUAAAACUUGGAGAAUAGGAUGCGGCUAUACAGUUUACAAAGAAGGCAGAACUUAUACAAGAUAUUAUGCAUGCAAUUAUGGACCCACAGGAAAUUCAGUGAAGAAACCUGUCUACCAAGCAGGACCUCCUUGCUCUGCUUGCCCAACUAAUAGCCAUUGUGUCACAUGGAGCAGCGGACCCGGCACUUAUCCAGGACUGUGCAAAAUGUCAAAUCCAAACACCGCACCUAUUUACAUACAUAAUAAUGUGCUUUUCGACUGCAAUUCUAACCCGGCGAACACCGACUGCCAAUCCCGAAUUACCGGAGCCAAUAAAUGGGACAUUAUAACCUCUGUUGGAGGAAAUUAUCACUCCGUUAUACUCCGUGGCGGAGAAUCGACUACUUUAGCCUUCGACAAGCCAAUUAUUCCACACGGUCAAGGAUUUUGUGUCGUAUUAAAAUUCCGAAAGGGCCCUCUGGAUGCAUCAAACAGAGAUCAAAGCAGCUUUAAAGCUCACUUUGGCAUGGAAUAUGGCUCGUCCUCCCCAAUGUCUAUCAGCUCUGGCUCAACCAGCUUCAAAGACUACCGAAUCAACAUUAAAUGGAGUACAAAGACUAAACUCUCGUUUUCUUUCUCCGUUCCGAGCGGGGCUCCAUCUCACAUCCUGGACAUAAGGGAAGUCUUGGCUUUUGAUGGCAAGUGCAAUACAAGAAACAAUUACAAAUAGUCGAGUUUUUUAAGAAAACAACCAGUGCUCAUUCGAAUGUAAUACUGAGAAAUAAAAUUGUGAUUCUGUGAA